AUGCUACAAGAUCCUGCAUCUGCCGUGUUACCAGAACCACCAAGAUAUGGCGAUCUAUCACAUUACGCGAUCAGGGACGAUGACGAGAAGUGCUUGUGGGAACUGGAAGUGACACGACUGAUCGACAGCCUGGGCACGGCACAAGAACCUUUGAGUACCAGCCACGGCAAUGUUUUGACUUCCGCAGUCGACACUUCUGCAUUUAAUUCUCUCGGGAGACUUUCUGAUCAAAUGAUCUGUGCUUUGUCUAUCUACGGUAUGGAUGACACGGUAGCUACAGCGACCUCACCAAUUGACUCCGUUGGCGGUCGAAGUUACAACAGGUUACAAGAGAGAUUAGGACAAAGGUCCGAGUUAGCACAUGUUGUUGGAGUGCGUGAUCCACUUGUCACCCGUUUCCGGCACUCCGAGCGGCAUAGCAGAAUUCCAAGACCCCCAAUGCAACAGGAAACCCAAGUCCAAGGAGACCCCGUACCUCUGGAGUCGUUGAAUGAUGAUGAUGCGCCUACGUACUAUGCCCUUGUAGACUACAUCACUACCAUAUUGGUCCGUUUAUUACUAAAAGGGUGCGAUAGACGACACGUCUACUGGCUUAGUAUCGUCCUCACUACACUCGCAAAGAUUUCAACAAAGCUCAAAGUUCUGUCACACGACCUCCCUAUAUUUGUUGAACAAAGCCUGGACAGGUUUUCUCUUCAUAACCACAAUUACCUCGAUGCGUUAGAACAAACCGCUGAAAACCCCCACGUUGAUCCACCUCUUCUUCGGCAGGAAAUGAAGGAUGUCACGACUGGUAUCAAAGACAACUACAUUGUGAACUAUGUCUCUGACAUGACGGCGGUCUCAAAUUGGUUAUUUCGCCUGAUCUGGCAUAUUCUUACCGACUUGAAUACCCGAAACACGCGUGGUAGAACUACCGACGAGUUUGACAUAUCUGCUUCUGUCUUGACACUGGGCUCUCGUAGCCUCCCUACGCUAGCAUACCAAAACCGGCCUGGCCAUAUCUCCGGGUCUUCAUCCAUCGUUGCACUGGAGAUGUAUCAAAGGGCGUUUAACCUCAUGAUUGAUACUGUCAAGGGCAUCAGGUGGAAUUCCGUUCCCAUUGAGCAAGUGACGAAAGGUCAAUGCACCUUAUCUAUCGGAGUCGACAGGGCGCUGCCAAAUCAGAGCUCCGAGAUAAAGUCAAUGACAGAGAUCGUUAGCAUCAUGGUUCUUGUAUCCUGCAUGGAUCCAUCAUUGACGGAGGACAUGGUUAAGGUUUGUAGCACAGUACGUGCAUCAAACGUUCUUCCAAAAGUUUCCAAUACCGUCCAAAAGUAUGCGGCUUUUUUCAGCUUCCGUAACGUACCAGUUGAGUCAAAUCUACAGCCGUUACAGAAUAGCCGACCAUUAUCCCAGUCAUUCAUACUGAAGAGCGGUAAUGUACCUAUUUCAGUGGUUCCGGACAGGGACAAUGCUCCAUCUCGUUGGGAAUUCAGUGAAGCUGCCCAAAAGGAUCUGCACAAAAGCGAGUCUAUGAGGAGGCACGUUUCACUGUCGGCUCGCGGAUGGGCUGUCGACGAGCAGGCAAUCAGCGUGAGUUGUCUCAAAUACACUGUUUCAAUCAUGGUAGGCUGCUCGAUACUUGUCCUAGGCGGAUUGAUGGCUGGUUUGUUUGUCGGUUCCAGGAUCGAUGGGGUUGACCCUUUCAAUCUCACCAUGUUUGCUUGGAUCAUUGCAGGAUUCAUCAUUCUGGUGUCCAAGAGCCUGCGAGUCGGUGAAUGGAAUUGGAGAGACUUUUUAAAGGGGCGUGUAACAUGCAGGACUGUGCAUGAGCUUGCCAGCGUGACAAACCUGGACGAGCAGGGAAUUAUAAUGCAGCUUUUGUCUUCGGAGAAGGAAUGGCCAUUGAUCUCAAGAGGGCCAUAUAAUAGCGCAUUUUCCAACACUGGAGCAGAUGGUUUCUCAGUGGAUGUCAAACCCAAAAUCGGUACUCUAUUCGUCAGUGGAUUGCUUGUGCUGGAAGUAUUGAUGGAGAGUGGGCCGGCACUUGUGUGUCUCGAUAUACGACCUCAUAUCACUGCGGGGGAAAAUAAUGAGGCUACUGAAGGGGCCCAUCGCGGUGAUAUACCGGUGCAGGUCAGUAGAAAUCGUAUGGUUCAUGCACAGCGCGUACCAUUGUACGCACUUGCAUGCAAGGAUGUGCCUCAGCAAGAUGAAGCUGAAAAGGACAUUGUGUUUAGACAGCAGUGGGUCACAUGGGAGAAGAUAAUUGGGUUAUACAACAACACCAAACAAAGUGUGAGAUAG